GUUUGGUGUUGGUGCUGUGCCAGGAAUCUUCUGACAAUGAGUUACUGCAACUUGGAGAAAAAGAACCGUGUGCAGUACCGCAGACACUUUCUGGUCGAUAACAGUGUGUUCCACGUUGAAAGAUGCAUGAGUGUAAUGCAGUCUGGGACGCAGAUGGUCAAGCUCAAGCGUGGAGCCAAAGGACUUGCACGGCUCUUCUACCUGGAUGAGCACCGGACUCGCCUCCGAUGGCGGCCCUCUAGGAAGAGUGAGAAGGCAAAAAUUCUUAUCGACUCUAUUUACAAAGUCACCGAGGGCCGGCAGUCGGAGAUAUUCCAUAGGCAAGCUGAGGGGAACUUUGACCCCAGCUGCUGCUUCACCAUCUACCAUGGCAACCACAUGGAGUCCCUGGACCUCAUCACCUCAAACCCGGAGGAGGCGCGCACCUGGAUUACUGGUCUCAAGUAUCUGAUGGCUGGCAUCAGUGAUGAAGACUCUCUGGCCAAAAGGCAGAGAACCCAUGACCAAUGGGUGAAGCAGACUUUUGAGGAAGCCGAUAAGAAUGGUGAUGGCUUAUUGAACAUUGAAGAAAUACACCAACUGAUGCAUAAACUAAAUGUCAAUCUGCCCCGAAGAAAAGUCAGACAAAUGUUUCAGGAAGCUGACACAGAUGAGAAUCAGGGAACUUUGACAUUUGAAGAAUUUUGUGUUUUUUACAAAAUGAUGUCUUUGAGACGGGAUCUUUAUUUGUUGCUUUUGAGCUACAGUGACAAGAAAGAUCAUCUAACCGUGGAAGAACUGGCUCAGUUCUUGAAGGUGGAGCAAAAGAUGAAUAAUGUGACGACAGACUAUUGUCUUGACAUUAUAAAGAAGUUUGAAGUUUCAGAAGAAAAUAAGGUGAAAAAUGUUCUUGGCAUAGAAGGCUUUACCAACUUCAUGCGCAGUCCUGCCUGUGACGUCUUUAACCCACUGCACCACGAGGUGUACCAAGACAUGGAUCAACCCCUCUGUAAUUACUACAUUGCUUCCUCCCACAAUACCUACCUGACAGGGGACCAGCUCCUUUCCCAGUCCAAAGUGGAUAUGUAUGCACGGGUGCUACAAGAGGGCUGUCGCUGUGUGGAGGUUGACUGUUGGGAUGGCCCAGAUGGAGAGCCAGUGGUACACCAUGGUUAUACUCUCACUUCAAAGAUUCUCUUCAGAGAUGUUGUGGAGACCAUCAACAAGCAUGCCUUCGUGAAGAAUGAGUUCCCGGUCAUAUUGUCUAUUGAGAACCACUGCAGUAUUCAGCAGCAAAGGAAGAUUGCUCAGUACCUGAAAGGAAUAUUCCAAGACAAGCUGGACCUGUCUUCCGUAGACACAGGAGAGUACAAGCAGCUCCCAAGCCCUCAGAGCUUGAAAGGCAAGAUCCUGGUGAAGGGCAAGAAAUUGCCUUAUCACCUUGGUGAUGAAGCAGAAGAAGGAGAAGUUUCUGAUGAGGACAGUGCAGAUGAAAUUGAGGAUGAGUGCAAGUUCAAACUCCAUUAUAAUAACGGGACCACUGAGCAUCAGGUGGAAUCUUUCAUAAGGAAAAAACUGGAGUCACUGUUAAAAGAAUCUCAGAUUCGAGACAAAGAAGAUCCUGAUAGUUUCACAGUGAGGGCACUGCUGAAGGCCACGCAUGAAGGCUUAAAUGCUCACCUGAAGCAGCCUCCAGAAGUGAAGGAAAGUGGAAAGAAAUCCCAUGGACGUUCCUUGAUGUCCAACUUUGGAAAACACAAGAAAACCACAAAAUCACGGUGUAAAUCUUACAAUACUGAUGACGAGGAAGACACACAGCAAAAUCCUAGCAAGGAGUAUGGCCAACUGUACAGGUUGGGUCGCAGAAGGAAAACCAUGAAACUCUGCCGAGAGCUCUCUGAUUUGGUUGUGUACACAAACUCAGUGGCCGCGCAGGACAUUGUGGACGAUGGAACCACAGGGAACGUGUUAUCAUUCAGUGAAACAAGAGCACAUCAGGUGGUUCAGCAGAAAUCAGAGCAGUUCAUGGUUUAUAACCAAAAGCAGCUCACAAGGAUUUACCCGUCAGCCUAUCGCAUUGAUUCCAGUAACUUCAACCCCCUGCCCUACUGGAAUGCAGGGUGCCAGCUAGUGGCACUGAACUACCAGUCUGAAGGGCGAAUGAUGCAGUUAAAUCGAGCCAAAUUCAAGACAAAUGGCAACUGUGGCUACGUCCUCAAGCCCCAGCAAAUGUGUAAAGGUACUUUCAACCCUUUCUCUGGUGACCCACUUCCUGCUAACCCCAAAAAGCAACUCAUCCUGAAAGUGAUUAGCGGACAGCAGCUCCCGAAACCUCCAGACUCCAUGCUUGGAGACCGAGGCGAGAUUAUCGAUCCUUUUGUUGAAGUUGAAAUCAUUGGAUUACCGGUAGAUUGUUGUAAAGAUCAGACCCGUGUGGUGGAUGACAAUGGCUUUAACCCCGUGUGGGAAGAAACACUGACAUUUACAGUACACAUGCCAGAAAUAGCUUUGGUUCGGUUCCUGGUAUGGGAUCAUGAUCCCAUUGGACGAGACUUUGUUGGACAAAGAACAGUGACCUUCAGCAGCUUAGUGCCUGGCUAUCGCCAUGUCUAUUUGGAAGGACUGGCAGAAGCAUCCAUAUUUGUCCACAUAACAAUCAAUGAAAUCUAUGGAAAGAACAGGCAGCUCCAAGGUCUGAAGGGACUGUUCAACAAGAACCCCAGACACAAUUCUUCAGAAAACAGUUCCCAUUAUGUUCGGAAAAGAUCGAUUGGAGAUAGAAUUUUGCGUCGCACUGCCAGUGCUCCAGCCAAAGGCAGGAAAAAGAGCAAAACGGGCUUCCAAGAGAUGAUUGAGAUAAAGGAUUCCGUGUCCGAGGCUGCCAGGGAUCAAGAUGGCGUCCUGAGGAGGAACACGCGGAGUCUGCAGGCACGCCCUGUGUCCAUGCCUGUGGACAGAAAUUUUCUUGGGGCUUUGUCACUGCCUGUACCUGAGCCGGCAAGAGACGCUAAAGGGAAAGAAAACGCACUGGCAGAAGAUGAUGGCAGAAGAAAGCGGAAGACAAGUGUAAAAGACUCACAUUUUCCAAAUUUCAACAGAAAGUUGUCCUCCUCCUCCAGUGCUCUCCUCCACAAAGACAGCAGCCAAGGGAACACCACCAUGUCUCCUGCCAGCGGAUCUAUCCCAAAACAGAGGGGAGAGCCCGGUCCUAAGGGAGGGAGAAGCCAACCGAAUAUGACCAGAGAUUGCGAGGAGAACCACCGUCCCAAAGAAGCCCUAUCACCAAGGUGGCAUGUGGCUACUAAUCCUGCAGUUGGCCUUCCCCAGGAAUUGCAGGUGGUGAAGAGCAAGCAGAAGGGCAGUGCUGAGGGCCUCGGAGAAGGGAUGAGCGUGCUGUCGGGAAGCAUUCUUUCUCAGAGCAAUCUGGAGAUCAAGAACCUGGACGGGAACAGAGAACAGGGCAGAGCUGCAACCUCCUUCUCUUUGUCAGAUGUCUCCAUGCUCUGUUCUGACAUCCCUGACUUACAUUCUACAGCUAUUCUACAGGAGAGCGAGGUUUCCCAUCUGAUUGACAAUGUCACCUUAACAAAUGAGAAUGAGCCAGGCAGUUCUAUCUCAGUGCUGAUUGGUCAGUUUGAUGAGACCAACAAUCAGGCUAACUUCACAAUUCUUCCUCAGCUUCCUGGUAGCAGUGUGAUGUCAGGCCAUGGGCCCAUGCCUACCCUGGGCCCAAACACACCCUUCAAGCACGGUUUUUCCAAGGAAAAAGCCAAGUUGUCCUUCAUGUGCUCAUCUCCUGAGCUGGUUGAAGGCUUGAAUCCUGGGACCACCAAGCAUGCAGCACACACAGUUCCUUGUGAAACUACCUGUGCUUCUUUCUCAAAAGCCAAACUAGAUGAUGUUUCUGCAAAGGCCAAGAUAAGGGCUGGGGAAGGUGACCCGCCUGAAUCCCCUGCUACUUCUUGUGACUGGGUACCAAGAAGUCCCACCAAAGGAAGGGACUGGCAAAGGGUUAAGGGCUGUAGCCCUGCCACCUCCACUGACCUCACGCUGGACGCUGCAGUAGCUGACCCAACCCUCUGUUUAAAUUCUGGGGAGAGCAGUUUGGUGGAAGUGGAUGGCGAGUUGGAAAAUCAGUCUUGGACAAUCUAUGAACACAAGAGAGAGGGCACAAGCCAACUUGCUUCUCCCUUAAAACUGAACUGCAGUGAGGAUGUGGCAGAACAUUUUCAACGAGGCUUGAAAAAUGGCUACUGUCAAGAGACCCUCCACCCUUCUGUCCUAGAAACAUUCCACAACGUUCAAAUUGUUAAAAAUCAAAGUAUUUCUUGUCUAGCCUAUCAGGGUGCUGGCUUUGUGCUUAACCACUUCUCAAAUUCUGAUGCAAAAACAAACCAGAUCCCUGUGCCGCAGCAGUCUAGUGCUCAAGGUACACAUGUCCCUGGAGCCGAGCACUCAACACAUCCUCCUCUGCCUGCUUUGAAACUACCCAGUCCUUGCAAAUCCAAGAGCCUGGGAGAUUUAACAUCUGAGGACAUUGCCUGCAAUUUUGAGAGCAAAUACCAGUGUAUUAGUAAGAGUUUUGUUACAACUGGCAUUAGUGAAAAGAAAGGCAUGUCUGUGAAAACCCAGUCGCUGGAGCCCUUAGAUGCCCUGACCGAGCAGCUUCGGAAGCUGGUGUCUUUUGACCAGGAGGAUAGCUGCCAAGUACUGUAUUCAAAGCAGGAUGCCACCCAGUUCCCCAGGGCACUGGUCAGAAAGUUGUCAUCGAGAAGUCAGAGCAGGGUACGCAACAUUGCCAGCCGUGCCAAGGAGAAACAGGAAGCCAGCAAGCAUAAAGUUGUGAACCCCAGCAACGGAACACGGGUGGUCUUUAGAAACAAGCCCUCAGUGCCGGCCCCAGCUGUGAACCGCCACUCCACUGGCUCCUACAUCGCAGGCUACCUGAGGCCUGAGAAGGGCAGCCUUGAAGGCCGAGGCAUGCCAGAGGGGGCAUGCACAGCCCUUCGCUAUGGCUAUGCCGACCAGUUUUGUUCAGAUCAUUCUGUUUUGCAGACUGAGCCAAGCGUUGAUGAUAAACCAGAAAUUUAUUUUCUUUUGAGACUGUGAAUUAUACAUUCCUCAAUGUUUACAAUGUAUUCUAUACAAUGUUGGAGUUCUCAGUUUUCAGUAAAUAUGGUCGUUGGUGUUGAAAUGACUUGCAGAUGUCUUUUUAAACUUGUAUUUUGGUGCCCCUUUGACUUAUGUGUUCUGCUGAUGCAUUUGUGUAUUGAUUUGUGUCUUUCUCCUUUGGGGUGUUGUAAACUCUACUGGAAUGAAAUGUGUGCAUGCCCUAGAUACGAAACUUGCUAACAGCGUGGGUUUUGGUGUACAUACAUGUCACCACAAUGCUCCACUGUGUCCUCAGGUCACUGUCACCCACAUCUUCAUUUUAAUUAUUGCAACAUCAAAGAGAUGACUUCUUUAGGUUUAGUUCCUAUUGGUUUUUCCUUAAGCAUUUUUAUAACGAGGUUAAAACUGAUUCAAAAUCAUUACCUUGCCUUUUUUUAGAUUUCUUCACUCUACCCAAAAUGAAAAUCUAAAGGGGAUCAGUAGGUACUUCCCGUACUCCCUCCCCAAGUCCCUGUUUAGAAUAGGCUGUGAGGGUGUAAGGAGGAAAGGGGGUUGCUGUAUAUAAAGACAAAACUGUUUUACAUAAAGUUUGUUACAUAUUUUUGCUAAUAGCUUUAUAUGUAACAAGAAUCCAGUUGCCAAGGUAUUUGUUGUGCAUUUUAAUUUUCUGAUAAGUUGCAGGAUGCACAAACGAUGGCUUUCGGAGUGGCACACUUCCAUUAAACUCUAACAAUAAUAGUAACACAAGUUAAAAAAUUGCCCAGUGCUGUCAAGAAAAAAUAUUUUCUCCUAAUAACAUCCAAGUGGAUAGAUAAGUAAAAGAAACCUUUUUCCCUUUGGGGAAAACACCUAACUCUAUUUUAGUACCAACAUGCGUUAUUUUCACUGUGAACCCAUUUUUAAACUGCAUGUUCAGAUGUCCCUCUUUGGUUUUUUUGUACCAUUAACUGCAAUGAUGUCCU